AUGCUGGGCGCGGCGGGGCGGCAGGUGGUGUGCGCUCUGUCCGGUGGGCUCGACAGCGCGGUGGCGGCGCUGCUGCUGCGGCGGAGAGGAUACCAAGUGACUGGGGUGUUUAUGAAGAACUGGGAUGUUCUGGAUGAAAAGGGAAUGUGUUCAACUGACAAGGACUGUGAAGAUGCUUAUAGAGUUUGUCAGAUACUAGACAUUCCGUUUCAUCAGGUUUCCUAUGUAAAAGAAUACUGGAAUGAAGUGUUCAGUUACCUUUUAAAUGAAUAUGAAUUGGGGAGGACCCCAAAUCCUGAUAUCCUAUGUAACAAAUACAUCAAAUUCAACUAUUUCCUGCAUUAUGCUUUGGAUAACCUUGGAGCUGAUGCAAUUGCAACUGGGCAUUAUGCAAGAACUUCCCUGGAAGAUGAUGAAGUAUUCCAGCAAAAGUACAUACAGAGACCACAAGGACUUUUCAGAAAUCGAUUUGAAGUAAGAAAUAAUAUAAAACUUCUUCAAGGCGUUGAUCAGAUUAAAGACCAGACGUUCUUUCUCAGUCAGAUUUCACAAGAAGCUUUGCGAAGAACCAUUUUUCCUCUAGGAGAGUUAACCAAGGACUUUGUUAGGAAGAUAGCAGCGGAACAUCACCUUCAUCAUGUGCUGCAGAGAAAAGAGAGUAUGGGAAUCUGUUUUAUUGGAGAAAGGAAUUUUGAAAAGUUCAUUCUGGAGUACUUAGAGCCACGCCCAGGCAACUUUGUUUCCAUUGAAGAUAACAAGGUGAUGGGAACACACAAGGGUUGGUUCUUGUACACAUUUGGCCAGAGAGCUCGGAUUGGAGGCCUCCGAGAUGCAUGGUUUGUGGUAGACAAAAACACAGCCACUGGGGAUGUCUUUGUGGCCCCCUCUACAGAUCACCCAGCACUCUACAGGGAUCUCUUGCGGACAAACAGAGUGCACUGGAUCGCUGAAGAACCACCCGCAGAGCUGGUUCGGGACAAGAUGAUGGAGUGCAAUUUCCGCUUCCAACACCAGAUGGCACUAGAGCCCUGCACAUUAACUCUAAAUCAGGACGGGUCUGUGUGGAUGACAUCGGCCAAGCCAAUAAGGGCUCUUACGCCAGGACAGUUUGCUGUUUUCUACAAGGGAGACGAAUGCCUCGGCAGUGGGAAGAUUCUGCGAUUGGGUCCAUCGCUGUGUACGUUGCAGCAGGGCAAGAACAGGGAAAAGUCUGCAAGGAGCGCGCCAGCGGAGGACGUCAAAGUAGAGCCAGCCACCUGA